AUGUCAUUUCUUGCGAAACGUUCCGUCGGUCUCCUGGCCGGCGGUCUCGCUAUGGCCGCAGCACUUGCAUGGCUGGAGGCUGGUGACGGUAUCAGUUGCAAACAGAGCAUGCCACUAAAAGGUGAUAACAAUAAUAAGCAGCAGCAAGAAGCACGAUCGACUAAAGAGAGUUAUCGUCAGCAAGAGGUUGCUGAUCACAACGAUGAUAAUGAUAAGAUAAUCAUCCAAAAGGAGCAAACUUCUAUAUUGGACUCAGGUGGCGGGGGUGAUGGACAUAGUUGCGUCACAAAAUUGAUGAUACCUGAACAAUUGACAAAGCAAAUACCAACAUCGAUGGUCGAUAGAGAAGAGGAAUCAUAUGAGAUCAACUCAUCCACUGAAUCGUCACCUCUUUCCUCUGAGCACUCUGGCGAUGUGGAAGAGGACAUUGUUACUGAACAGUGUACUCAAACACUUGCGAAAGCACAACAAGCAGCUGUUAAUCUAACAAAGGUUUGUGGUGAUGAUGAAUCUCGUAAGGCAACGUCAACCACAAAGAAAUUGGACGGUGUAUUGAAAUUAGAUACCGAAGAAGCACCAUUCAGUUGGUCAGAUGAAGUUGAAAUGACAGCCAUCAAUAAGCUUUCGUCACCCAUUCAAAACUCAAACGCUGCAAAUCACAAUAACGCUAAUAAUCUCUCAACAAUUUCUGAGCAGUCUGCAACAACCGUUCAGCAACAAAUUGGUAAUAUUGUUACAAAUGAUACAGCAUAUAAGCCAGCCGAUUCACCGAGUGCACGAAGUGAGGUAUGUCGUUUUUGA